CACAAGCCUGGCUUGUUCAGUUCGUCGAAGAAGAGGGCGCCAGUGGUCACUGCCGAGAUGACGAAAAUAAAGGAUCUAGAGAAACAAAUGCGUAAGCUGCUGAGUGAGAGAGCGGAGCAGGACCGGCAGCUGAUCCGGCGGACGGAGGAGGCGAGGAGGCUGGAAGGUCGCGCGACGGCCGCGCUGCGUGAACGCACGCACGCCGAGUCCAUGCUGUCCGGCGUCAACCGCGAGCUGAGAAUGAUCAAGCACGGAGACGGGAUAGUGAAGAGCAAGGAGCUGGACGCGCUGCGGAGGCGCGUGCGCAGCUCGCGCGAACAGUUCCAGUUCUCGCGCGACGCCGCCGCAAAGCUGGAAGCCCUGCAGCGGGGCGCCACCGAGGGGGCGCCACCGCCGCGCCUCGACCCGCCGCUGGAGGAGCAGGUGGCGGCGCUGCUCGAGGUGAUCGAGCGCGAGAUGGGGCGCGCGCGCGAGGAGAUGGCGAGCCUCGCGCGACAGUGCGAGGAACAAGAGGACGUUGCCGACGAGCUGGAGGCGGCGCUGCAGCGCCACCUGGCGGACGCGGCGAACGAGCGCGAGGAGACGCAGCGCCACCUGCUGGCGGACGCGGCGAGCGAGAGAGACGAGGCGGAGGACGAGCUGCGGCGCCACCUGGCGGUCGCAGAGAAAGAGGUCGAGGUACGAGGGGAGUGCGCGCAAUUGAAGGAACGGCUGGAGACGGCGCGGGGGGAGUGCGCGCGGCUGAGGGAGGAGCGGGCCGCGCUGGAGCGAGGGCUGCGCGAUGCGGAGGCUGCGAGCUCGAGGAUGCGGGAUGAGAAGGAUGCUGCGCACACGAGGAUGCGGGAGACGAGCGGCGAGCAGACGGAGAUGAUAGCAGAGCUUCAGGUCGAGCGAACGCGCCUCGAGCAACGGCUGCGCGAGGGCGCCACCGUGGCCGACGUGCUCGCCAGGGGGCAGGAGCGACUGCAGCGGGAAGUAGCCGACCUGUGUGACACAGCGGAAGCGCGGGAGGAGAGGAUCAGGGAGGGAGAGCGAUUGAUGGAAGAGCAGGAAGAGAGGAUCAGGGAGGGAGAGCGAUUGAUGGAAGAGCAGGAAGAGAGGAUCAGGGAGGGAGAGCGAUUGAUGGAACAGCUUGUGAAGGAGGGAAAGGAAUUAAGAGGGCAACAGGAAGAGAAGAUCAGGGAGGGAGCACAGUUGAUGAAACAGCAGGAAGAGAGGAUCAGAGAGGGAGAGCGAAUGAGAGAAGAGCUUGUGAGGGAGGGAGAGCGGUUGAGAGAAGAGCACGAAGAGAAGCUAGGAGAGGGAGAGCGAUUAAGAGAAGAACAAGGAGAGAAGAUCAGGGAGGGAGAACAAUUGAGAGAAGAGCUGGUCAGGGAGAGAGAGAAAUCGAUCGGAGAGGAGGAGCAAUUGAGGGAAGAACUUGUGAGGGAGGGAGAGAAAUUAAGAGAAGAGCUUGUCAGGGAGAGGGAGGAAUUGAGAGAACAACAUGAAAAAAAGAACAGGGAUGGCGAGCGAUUAAGAGAACGUCUGGAAGAGAAAAUGAGGGAGGGAGAGCGAUUGAGAGAAGAGUAUGAAGAGAAGAUCAGGGAGGGAGAGCAAUUAAGACAACAGCUGGUCAGGGAGGGAGAGCAGAUUAUGGAACAGCAGGAAGCAAGGGUCAGGGAGGCAGAGCCAUUGAAGAAACAGCUGGAAGAGAAGAUAAGGGAGGAAGAACAAUUGAAAGAAGAGCUUAUGAGGGAGGGAGAGCUAUUAAGAGAAAAGCAGGAAGAGAAGAUCAGGGAGGGAGAGAAAUUGAGAGAAGAGCUGGUUAGGGAGAGAGAGGAAUUGAUGGAACAGCAGAAAAUAAAAGCCAGGGAGGGAGAGGAAUUGAGGGAAGAGCAAGAAGAGAAGAUCAGGGAGGGAGAACAAUUGAGAGAAGAGCAAGAAGAGAAGAUCAGGGAGGGAGAACAAUUGAGAGAAGAGCAAGAAGAGAAGAUCAGGGAGGGAGAACAAUUGAGAGAAGAACAGGAAGAAACGAUCAGGGAGGGAGAACAAUUGCAAGAACAGCUGGUCAGGGAGAGAGAUCAGAUUAUGGAACAGCAGGAAGUUAAGGUCAGGGAGGCAGAGCAAUUGAGAGAAGAGCAGGAAAAGAAGAUCAGGGAGGGAGAGAAAUUAAGGGAAGAGCUUGCCAGGGAGGGAGAACGAUUAAGAGAAGAGCAAGAAGUAAAAAUCGGUGAAGGUGAGCGAUUGAGAGAACAGCUCGUCAGGGAGAAAGAACAGUUGAUGGAACAGCAGGAAGAGAAGAUUAGGGAGGGAGAGAAAUUGAGAGAAGAGCUGAACAGGGAGAGAGAGGAAUUGAUAAAACAACAUGAAGAAAAGAUCAGGGAGGGAGAGCGAUUAAGAAAAGUGCUGGUCAAUGAAAGAGAGGAAUUGAUGGAACAGCAGAAAAUAAAAGCCAGGGAGAUAGAGGAAUUGAUGGAACAGCAGAAAAUAAAAGCCAGGGAGGGAGAGCGGUUGGUGGAACUGCAAAAAGAGAAAAUCAGAGAAGGAGAGCGAUUGAGAGAAGAGCAGGAAGAGCAAAUCAGGGAGGGAGAACAAUUGAGAGAAGAACAGGAAGAAACGAUCAGGGAGGUAGAACAAUUGAGAGAACAGCUGGUCAGGGAGAAAGAGCAGUUGAAAAAACAGCAAGAAGAGAAGAUCAGGGAGAAAGAGCAAUUGAGAGAAGAGCUUGUGAGGGAGGGAGAGAAAUUAAGAGAAGAGCUGAUCAGGGAGAGAGAGGAAUUGAGAGAACAACUGGAAGAGAGAAUGAGGGAGGGAGAGCGGUUGAGAGAAGAGCAAGAAGAGAAGAUAGGGGAGGGAGAGCGAUUAAGAGAAGAACAGAAACAAAGGAUCAGGGAGGAAGAACAAUUGAGAGAACAGCUGGUCAGGGAGGGAGAGCAGAUUAUGGAACAGCAGGAAGUAAAGCUCAGGGAGGCACAGCAAUUGAGAGAAGAGCAGGAAAAGAAGAUCAGGGAGGGAGAGAAAUUAAGGAAAGAUCUUGUCAGCGAGGGAGAACGAUUAAGAGAAGAGCAAGAAGUAAAAAUAGGAGAAGGUGAGCGAUUGAGAGAACAGCUCGUCAGGGAGAAAGAACAGUUGAUGGAACAGCAAGAGCAUCUAGUUGCCGCGGCGAUGAGCGAGAACAAAGCCCUGCGGCUGAAGCUUGUUGCCACGGAUACGCUUGCGGGGAAGCUGCACGCUCUGACCGUCGUCGCCGACGCCGCGGCGUGGUCGUCGUCGGUGCGUCGCCACGACGACGUCGUCGCCACGUAUCACGCCUCCGCGCUACUCGCUGCAUCGCGAGACAAGAUGGCGGCCGCCGAGACCGCCAGCGACGCCCGGCAGGGGGCGCUGUCGCACGAGGUGGCGACGCUGCGCGAACGGGCGGCGCGGCUCGAGGAGAGGGCGCUAGCAUCGGACGUCGAGGCGGUCGCUGCUCACCAGAGGGCGCAGGAGGAUGCCGUAGCGCUGCAGCACGCGUCGGCACUGACCUCUGACCUCACGGCAAAGGUCGGGGCGGGGUCGGCCGAGCGGGCGCGUCUCGCCGACGCCAACGCCACCCUGGUGGAGCGACUGUGCGGGACGACGGCGGAGUGUGAGCGUGUCGUGGCGGCGGCGAGAGAAAGGGCGGCCGCGCACGCACAAGAGCUGGACAGGAGCUUGAGGGAGGUGCAGAGGAAGGCGGAGAGGGGCGCCGUCGCCAUGGCAACGCAGAUGGAGGAGACGAGGAGACGGUGCGAGGACGAGGUUCGCGGGAUGCUGGCAAAACACGAGGCAGAGGGCGCCUGUGUGCAGGCGAAACUACGACAAGAUGGCGGCCGCGAGACCGCCAGCGACACCCGGCAGAUGGGCGCUGUUCGCACAGAGGUGCCGACGCUGCGCAAACGUGCGCGCGCGGCUUCGAGCGAGAGCAGGGCGCUAGCAUCGGACGUCGAGGCGGUCGCUGCCUCACCAGAGGCGCGCAGCGAGGAGGCCGCCUAG